AUGUUGCAGAGUAAUCAGAAUAUAUUUAAUUAGUAAGUUCAAUAAUAAAGGCUCUCUUAAUGUCAUUUUGAUGGUAAAUUAGAGCUUCAACAAAAUCUUUCAGCAAAUAAACAUGUCAAAAAGUUGAAUGUUGUUUAGUUAGAUUUAUAAAAUUGCUAGUUGCCAUUGCUGAAUUAAGCUAGACCUUCUUGGCUCUAGGAAUAAUUCUAAAAUUUAGUUUAAUGUUAAAAUAAAUGGUAAAAUGAUAAACACUAAUUGCCCUAACAAAGAGCAUAAACCUCUUGCCACGGAGACAAAGAGAAUAUUUAGUCGUUCAUUCACGAAGCACAACCUAGAUCUAGAACACCAUUUAAAAUGAAAGAAAGUGCAGGAAAAUACUAUGAGAGGGAAGUCUAUUCGUCACUAAGUAAAACAAGAGAUACUCCUCAUCUAAACAAAAAAAUUUUAGAGUUAAAUAUAGAGAAAUAGAAUGAUUAACUUGAAUUCAAGCGAAGAUAAAAUAAGAGACAAAGUUUAGAAUAGCAUCAUAGUAAUAAUAGCCAUAGUGAUAUAAAAAAAGAAAAAAAUAAAUAUAAUAACUUUCUGGGUUAAUACCAUGUCUAACAGCAGUCAGCAUCAUCUUGUAAUACAAGUUCUCAUUUAAACAAAAAUAUUUAACAAAAUCAAGAUAAAACACCUCAAAAACUCUCCUAAGCUGAAAUAGCAUAAAUGACUUUUCAAAAUUCAUUUUUAAAUAUAAAAUAAAUUCUUAGCAAAAACUCUGCCGCCACAUUUAACACUGAAGAAAAUGAAGUAAUUAAAACAGAAGAAAAAGAACAGCAAGAAUAUCAAAAGAUAAAAUUAAACAAGCAACAUUCUUCCAAAGAAAGCUCUCUAGCUUCUUUGAAUAGCUCAGUACCUCUAAAUAGCAUUUUGAAAGGAGAUUUAAACUUAUUUAGCUAAAAUGGAUAGUAAAAUUGCUAAUAAUAUAACAGCACUUAUAUCACUAAUCUAUUAACUCCUAUAUCUAAUUGUUGUAGUAAAAAUAUUAAAACUAACUAACAAAAACCUCAAAUAGUUCUACUGACAGAAGAAACAUAAUAAGAAAAAUAAGAAAUUAAAAACUAAGAUAAAGAGUUAUCAUAAUCAGAAAAACAAUAAAAAUUUGAAGAGGAAUAAUAGCAUUGUUAGUAGAAUGCAAGCGGCUUACAAAAGGAUCUAUCUUCUAAAUCUAGUAAAAUUGUGAAAAUAGAGAUAAUUAAUAACAGUCAAUAAAUAAAUAAUAUAUAAAAAAGGAAUAACAGUCAAUAAAUUAAUAGUGAAGAACAAAUUAAUGAAAAGGUUACUGAUUAAAAUGCAGUAGAUGGAAAUUAAUUUAAUAAUGAGAAUGAUUAAUUAUAACUUGUUGAAAAUUAAAACAACUAAAAUUAGGAAUAAUGCAGAUUAACUAGUGAAAACGAGAGAUUAGCUAAGGUUUUUAAUAAUUAUGAAAUUCAACAAAGAAUUAGGAAGGUUAGACAUAAUAAAUUGAAGAAUAAUCCAAAUGACGUUUAAAACACAUAUUAUAAUGUAAAUGUUUCGACUGAUGAUUAUGUAAAUACUAAGUAAGAUGAAGAUAUUAUAAUGCAGAAUCUGAGUUUGUUCGAGAAUCAUGUCUUAGAUAAUGAUAGAAUUGAAAUUAAUCUUGAUUAACUCAAAAAUAAGAAUUUUGGCAUUAACACUAUGGAUUCUUUUAGGAAAGAUAAGAUGACAACUGCUCGAAGCAGCAAUGCAAAUGUUGUAAAUGUUAAUUUAAUUUAGAAUCCAAACUACAACAAAUAAAAAAACAAACAAAUUUAGCCAAAUAUUUUGAAAGGCAAAAAACUAACUUUGAAGUAGUUUGUAGAAAAAAAUUAAAAACUGAAAAAAUAAACACCUCAUUUUUUGUUAAAGAAUGAUAUUUAAAUCAAAAAUGUGCAAGAAACAUUAAAUCUUACUUAAAAAAAUGGUUUUUUGCUUUACGAUAUUGGCAAUUUAACGCAGAAAAGCGAAGUUGAUAAUAAUGAUGCUCUCUCUGUACAUAGAAUAGACAUUCACUCUGCUGAUUCCCAAAACAAUAAAUCUUAAAGAUUUUAUCAUGGAAGUCAUAUUAGAGGAAAAAUUGCAAGUUUAAGCUAAUCUAAAGCAAUUUACAAUAGUAUUGAUGAUGAUAAUUCAAUUUAUGCUCGAAAUGCUUACGAAAGCCACACAAACGAAAUGAUAAAAACGAAUGCAAGUAUUUACGUUUCCUAACUCAUUUGUAAAACUUAAGAAGAAAUCUAAAUUGAUAGCAAACCUAAGAUUUUCAUUUAAGAAUAAUCUACUAAAAAUUCAAAAGAACAACUAUUGAAAACAAGCGAAUAACAAUAUUAACUCAAUGAUGUCAUAAAACCUGUAAAAGAAAAAAGAAGAAGAAAAUCUGUAUACACAGAAUUAACAACUAAGCUAGACUAAUCUCUUUGUGAUGGAUCUGAUGAGUAAUUGAAUAAAACAUUUGAUCACCAAAGAAGAAAAUCUCUUAUUGUUGGUUAUAACAGAUAAAACACAAUCAGUAAUUAAACGAGUUUAGAAGAAAACAAUCCUUUUAAUUUAAAUAAAAAGACUGGGAGAAAAAUGAUAUUAAGCACUUUAAACUACAAAGAGCUGAGAUAAAAUAAUGAAAGAUAUCAUAACGAGGACUUAACAAUCAUAGAAAAAGAAUAAAAGCUCGAAUAAAACUCUCCCGAAAAAAGCUUAGAAGCUUCUUACAUGAAUUAAAUUCUUCAUUCAAAAAAGACUUAAAAAAAUAGAAAUGAGAAUCCUCUUAUUUAAUUAAAUAAAAUAAAACAAUCUCAUAGCAACUAAAAUUCUGCUAACAAUCAGAAAAAAGCUGUCUCAUUAAGUCUCUAUUACAUCGCUGGGAACUAAAAUAAUGACAUGCUAAUAUCAAACAAACUGACACAAAUUGAUAGGAAAAAUGUACCUAUUUCACUUUAUUAGUAGCUGAGUAACUAAUAAAAGAAUUAGCAAAAAUAAAAUACUCAUACAAAUAACUUUUAUCAAUAAAGCAUUGAUAUAAAACCUGCUUCAAUAAAUCAAUACUAAAAAUGA